AUGGUGGAGAACGCCGCCGCCGUGGCCACCAAGGCUGCCGCCGCCGCCGCCUUCUCGUCGUCGUCGUCGGGGCGCGGCGUGGGCGCGGCCGGGGGGCUCCGGCUGGAGGCGGUGAUGGAGAACCUGCAGCGGGCGCAGGCGGCGCGCCUGGAGGAGAAGCUGCGCCGGGCGGCCGCCCCGACGGGCCUCCACGCCGCAGGCCCCGGCCCCACGCCGCCCGCCCGCCCCCCGCCGGACCCGACGGCGCCCCCGCUGGCCCUGCGCCUCUUCCCGCCCGGCGCGCUGCCCGCCGCCCGCCGCCCGGAGCGGGGCCCGGAGGACGACGAGGAAGAGGAGCAGGAGGAGGAAGAGGAGGGCGAGGCGCGGGGGGGCCGCCCGCCGGGAGGGGAGCCCCGCUACGCCCCGCCGCCCGCCUCGCCGGCCCCGCCGGCCCCGCCGCAGCACCACGAGUGGACCUACGAGGAGCAGUUCAAGCAGCUGUACGAACUGGAUAGCGACCCGAAACGCAAAGAGUUCCUGGAUGACUUGUUUGGCUUCAUGCAGAAGAGAGGGACGCCGGUGAACCGGAUCCCCAUCAUGGCGAAACAAGUGCUGGACCUUUACACCCUCUACCGACUAGUGACCGAGAAAGGGGGCCUGGUGGAAGUCAUCAACAAGAAGAUCUGGCGGGAGAUCACCAAGGGCCUGAACCUGCCCACCUCCAUCACCAGCGCGGCCUUCACGCUCCGCACGCAAUACAUGAAAUACCUCUACCCCUACGAGUGUGAAAAGCGAGCCCUGAGCUCUCCGGGGGAGCUGCAAGCCGCCAUCGACAGCAACCGGAGGGAGGGGCGGCGGCAGACCUUUGGGACCACGUUGUUCAACUACUCCCCUGUGGGGACGCCAGCUGUCUUGUCUUCCCCCAAGCUCCCCAUGCCUGCCCUUACCAUCUCCACCCACAGCUGCAGCCAGAUCAGCCAAGUACACAACAUCAAGAAAGAGGAGAGCAUCCUGGCGUCAGCCGUCCCCAGCCGCAUCGCCAUCCCCGUCAGCCUGGCCGGGCAUCACUUGGCGGCAGCACAAGCGGCGGCGGCUUCUCAGGCGGCAGCACUAGAGCAGCUGCGGGAAAAGCUGGAGACGGGGGAGCCGCCCGAGAAGAAGAUGGCCCUGGUGGCGGAGGAGCAGCAGCGGCUCGUCCAGCACGCUCUCCAGCACAACCUCUUGGCCGUGGCCUCCCAGUUCCCCGUCAACAUCAAGAUCAACAGCCGCGGAGAUGACAGACAGGAGGCUGCAUUGAACCUGUCCACCAACGGCAUUAGCAGCAUCAACAUGUCAAUAGAAAUAAAUGGAGUUGUCUACACAGGCGUGCUGUUUGCUCGGAGGUCCGGCGUCACGGGCAGCACGGGGGGCGCUCACAGCCAUGGCAGCCCCAUGACGUCCCAGAGCCAACUGCUGUCCACAGCCUCACGUGGUCAUACUCCGGCCAGCACCUCAGCCUGA